AUGGGUGCUUCUGCGGACUCUCCAAUGGCUUCACCACUCCAGGCCUUGAUGAACAGCACGAUGGGCUACGACGGCGUCAAACAUCCCUACUACCCGACGGAUGCCAAUAUUGGCGAUUAUGUGGCUAAUCAAUCCACUGUUUUGUCGCUUCUGGGCUCAUUUGUUGCCGGCUGUGCUGCAAUCUUCGUUGCAACAUAUUUGGCCGUCAAGAAGGUCAACCCGAGGCUGCCAACCAUCGAACUGCUCACAGUUAUGUGGUUCGUGUUAUGUGGAUGUAUACACUUGUUCUUCGAAGUGUUUUACCAGNGUUAUUUCGCGUAUAACCAUACGAGCAUGGGUGGAUUGCAGACAUUCUUUGGUCAGCUUUGGAAAGAAUAUGCUUUGUCGGAUUCCAGAUACUUGACACAGAACGUCUUUGUGUUUUGUGUUGAGGCCAUGACUGCAGUAANNGUGCUCUGGGGUCCAUUGAGCUUCGUGGUUGCUGUGCUGAUUGCGACCGAGAAUCCACUAAGGCAUCCCCUGCAAGCGGCCGUGAGUCUUGGGCAGUGCUAUGGCGACCUUCUCUAUUAUGCUACCAGCAUGGCCGAUCAUUACUACCUGGGCAUUGAAUAUUCGAGACCGGAGGCCUACUAUUUCUGGGGAUACUAUUUUGGAGCGAACUUCUUCUGGAUCGUGAUUCCUGCAGUGUUGUUGUACAACAGCGUCAAGGCCAGUGGCGACGCAAUUCGACAAGUCCAGGAGACCAGGGGCUCGAAGAAGACCAUGUAG